AUGAUAUAAAAACAAAGACUUAGAAUUAAUGAAGAAAUAGACACUUUAUGUUGCAAGCUAAAUUCCAAUUAACCUGAAUCAAAAAAUUUAAUCAAGACCUUUUUAAAUCAGAGACAAGAAAUAUUGGUCAAUAUUGAAAAGGUUAAUUGUAUUUAUAGUCUUUUUUUCGAAAUUGAAUUUUUGGCUCCUUUGGGAAAUUUCAAAUUCACAAAUACGGGGUGGUACCACCUGCCCACAUUAGUACGGCUGGGUUUCCUAGGCAGUACAGCCCAAUACUAGUCUCUAUCCGUUUAUGGGAUGUUAAGACAGGAUUAUAAAAGCCAAAUUAGAAUGGUCAUUAUAGUUACAGUCAAUUUCUCUCCUGAUGGUACUUUAUUAGCAUCUGGUAGAGAUGAUAAAUCGAUCCGUUGAUGGGAUGUUAGGACAGGAGAAGAAAAAACCAAGAUAGAAGGUCAUUCAAAUGGAAUUCUAUCAGUCAAUUUCUCCUCAUGGUAAUACAUUAGCAUCUUGUAGUUAUGAUAAGUCUAUUCGUUUUUGGAAUGUUAAGACAAUUCAGGAGGUUCUAACUUAGGAUACUUUUUACAAAGAUCUUCUUUCUUAGAUUAAAAUGCACCUUUAGAGUCCAUCCAUUUAAUAUAAUAGUAUUUAGUUUAAUUAUUCUUAGCAAAUUUCUCAAAAUCCCAUUUUGGAAACUUAAGGAACUUUAAUAUUGAAAGGAGAAAUAGUUGA